CUCUCUCAAAGAAUCGGAGAUUGUCACGAUGAGAUUCAUCAGCAGCUCCGUGUUUGCCCUCGGGCUUGUUGCGCCUGCACUGGCGUAUCCACGCCCUGAAGUUGUAAAACGCGGUUCACCCAACCCUACGCGGGCGGCAGCGGUCAAGGCCGCAUUCCAGACGUCAUGGAACGCAUAUCGUCAAUUUGCUUUCCCUCAUGACGAUCUCCACCCCGUUAGCAAUGGCUUUGAUGAUGAGAGGAACGGCUGGGGCUCAUCGGCGAUCGAUGGCCUGGACACGGCGAUUCUCAUGGGAGCGAGUGAUAUUGUCAAUACCAUUUUGCAGCGUGUGCCUCAGAUCAACUUCACCACUACUGCUGUUGCCAACCAAGGCAUCUCUGUGUUUGAGACCAACAUCCGAUAUAUCGGUGGCUUGCUGUCCAGUUAUGACCUACUGAAAGGCCCUUUUAGCUCCUUGGUGACAAACCAGACUCUGGUAAACAAUCUUCUGAGCCAGGCCCAAACACUGGCCAAUGGGCUCAAGGUGGCGUUCAACACCACAAGUGGUGUUCCAGACCCUACCGUCUACUUUAAUCCCACGUACCGGAGGAGUGGUGCCUCAAGUAACAACAUUGCCGAGAUUGGAACCUUGGUACUUGAGUGGACGCGCCUGAGCGACCUCACAGGAAACCCACUGUAUGCCCAGCUUGCGCAAAAGGGCGAGUCGUAUCUCCUCAACCCAACAGGAAGUCCAGAGGCAUGGCCUGGCUUGGUGGGAACGUUUGUCAGCACGAGCAGCGGUGCCUUCCAGGACAGCAAUGGCAGUUGGUCUGCUCUCUCGGACAGCUUCUACGAGUAUCUGAUCAAGAUGUACUUGUAUGAUCCGGUUGCGUUUGCAAACUACAAGGACCGCUGGGUUCUUGCUGCCGACUCGACCAUUGCGCAUCUCGCCUCUCACCCAACAACCCGUAAAGAUCUGACCUUUUUGUCGGCGUAUUCUGGACAAUCAACGUCACCAAAUUCGGGACACUUGGCCAGUUUUGCCGGCGGCAACUUCAUCUUGGGAGGCAUUCUCCUGGGCCAGCAAAAGUACAUUGACUUUGGCAUCCAGCUUACCAACUCGUACUAUGCCACAUAUAACCAGACUGCUUCUGGAAUUGGCCCCGAAGGCUUCGCGUGGGUGGACAGUGUCACAGGCGCCGGUGGCUCGCCUCCCUCAUCCCAGUCCUCGUUCUACUCAAAGGCUGGAUUCUGGGUGUCGGCAGGGUAUUACAUCCUAAGGCCCGAGACCCUGGAGAGCUUGUACUACGCCUACCGUGUCACAGGCGAUUCCAAGUACCAGGACUGGGCGUGGGCGGCUUUCAGUGCCAUCACCAAGGUAUGCCGCGCCGGCAGUGCGUACUCGUCCAUCAACGACGUGACACAGGCCAAUGGCGGAGGGGCUUCCGACGACAUGGAGAGCUUCUGGUUUGCCGAGGCGCUGAAGUACGCUUACCUGAUCUUUGCCGAGGAGUCGGAUGUGCAGCUGAAUCCCAAUGGCGGAAACAAGUUUGUGUUCAACACCGAGGCUCACCCCUUUAGCAUCCGUAAGUGAGGUUCUCGUCUUUGAGUAGAAAAGAUGCCUUUUGGAUAUAUAUACGGGAGGGUUACUGUGGAUAUGUGAAUAUGAAUAAAUCUACCAAAUAUGAAUUGCUAGAAAUAGACUAUUCGUUUGAAGCAC